AUUAUGUAUUAAAUAUUUAUAUAAUCGUAAAAUUAUUUUGAUUACAGAACAACUUGGUAGACAAUGAGUUUGAAAAUUACCAAAAGUCCAUUUAUUACCAUUAGCGAUGAUUUUUCGGGUUAUGCGUUGGAAUCGUUUAACAUAAACCCACAUUUGGCUAAGAAUUUGGAUCGAGUUUUGAUUCCCGGGGGUUUCAUUCAGGAUAGAAUCGAGAGACUCGCGUGUGAUAUCGCUAUUGAUUUAGCGAACGAAUCGUUUGUCGCUUUAUGUGUCCUUAAAGGCGGUUAUGUCUUCUUCAAUGACUUGUUGGACAAAAUCAGACAUUUCUAUAGAUAUCGUUACGCAGACCCUUCGCAACCAUAUAAUGGCACAGACUUUGCACAACAAAUUAGAGUCGAGUUUAUAAGACUCAAGAGCUAUGAAGACGAUAAGUCGACUUCCAAUUUGAAAGUUAUUGGAAUUGAAUCGUUAGAAUCAUUGAGAGGAAAGAAUGUAUUGAUAGUGGAGGAUAUCAUAGAUACGGGCAAUACAAUGGUUAAACUCAGGGAACUAUUAAAAGAAUACGAUUUAAAAUCAAUUCGAGUGACGAGUCUUUUUGUGAAGCGGACGCCACUAAGCAAUGGAUACACUCCUGACUAUGUUGGAUUCAAUAUUCCCAAUAAGUUUAUCGUUGGCUGUAAUAUGGAUUAUAACGAAUACUUUCGAGAACUUAAUCACGUCUGCGUUAUGUCCAAACUUGGAAAAGAGGAAUAUUCAAUGAAAAGCAGUGAAUGAAAACCUUUGGCUUUUAUAAUCAAUCAUUGGUAUCAAUCCGUAACGUGUUAUACGAUUAUUACUUUUUUAUUCAAGAAAAUUAAAUUUCUAUUUUGUUUUAA